CAAUAACCAUAAAUGUAGAGGUCGCUGUUGACUCGUUUUUCAGAGGGUCAACAGCGAUUUUACUUCGGCGGGCGCAGACAUCCAGCCACAGCGUGUUUUUAUAUCGACUAUCGGGAACUUGUCUGUGAACAGUGGGUCUUGGACGCUGUAAUAUGGAAGAUGAAGAGGUCUGCGAAAGCUGGGAGGAAGCCGCCGAAAGUGGGGAAAUUGAGAGAAGACUUGAGGCAAAAUUGAAGAUAAGUCAGAAAGCAAAGAAAGCCAGCAUCGGCUCAGGUAGCUCCCCUAUACGAACUGCCCUGGUUAUACAAGACGAUUCUCAACCUGCAGCCCCCCCACCCCAAAUACGAAUUCUGAAGCGUCCAUCAAGUAAUGGCUCCCUGGGGUCUUCUGGUUUAUCCAACCGUCCGACCCAGCAGCCAAAGUCAUUGGCCCAACGGGAGGCAGAGUAUGCAGAGGCCCGCAGGAGGAUUCUGGGUAGUGCUAGCUCUGAAGAAACGCCUCAGGACAAACCCAGCCCAGACAAGCCAGUGCGAAUGAGUUCCCAGCCACAGCCAGAACCGGUUCGUCCAAACAACCACGUGAUCCGCCAACCAACGGGCCCAGAUGGUACCUCAGGUUUUCAUCACUGCAGAUAGAGUGCAGAGGAGAGAGGUGGAUCCAAUGUCUCUCCUUGGGGGCAAGAGAGGGAUCCAUUGUCUCUCCUUUGGGGGGUGGGGGGGUGGGGGGGGGCAUUGUGUGCAGGGGAUAAAGGGGGAGGUAGCAUAGUGCACAAAGCAGUGAUGGGAAGAAAUUGGGAAGUUGGUGUGAUGGUCAACACAGACAUGCAAAAUAUAUUGGCUCACCGAAUGAGAUGAAGUAUCCCUCCCACCCCAUUCUGGUGACUGUUGGCACACCCUUUGCCUUUUGCCCUCUGCCCUGUCUCCAGCCGGCGCGGAGGGGUGCAGGGAGAUGACAGAGAGGAGCUGAGUUUCGGUUGGAUCUCCUUUCUGUCCCACACUGUGACCAGGGCAAUGCCUCAUGACUCCACACACUGUGAUAUCUCCCACAAUGCACCCUGCGCUGCCCCAUGCCCUUCUCCACCGCCCCUCUCUCCUGCUGAGGACUGGAGUCCUCUUGGGUCCUGGGCUUGCCUGCUCUCCCCUCUGAGGGAAUGACAAAUAGACUGAGUCUGUGGGACUUGAAGGUGGUCUGGGGGAUGGAAGGAACCUCGCUCCUUGCUAGUGGAGGAGGACCUUGAUAGAGCAGUAGAGUGACAAGGUGCCACUAAAAGUUAGCAUGUUCAAGCAAUAAUUCUGAAAUCAACAUGUAAGCCCUGGCUUCUUUAGGUAGGCAUCUGCCUGUGCUGUUUAUUUAUGUUUUUAAACUUUUAUUUUAUACUGUUUACUAGUUUUAUUUUUCCUCUUAGCUUAAAAACAAACUGGGCGGUAGGCUAAAUGGUGAAUUGAAAAUAUAUUUUUCUUUUCUGCAUCUAGAUGCUUUUGUUUGUCUGUUUUCAAAGUGGCAACGAUUCAAAAGGAAAAACAAACAACAUACAGAAACUGUUAGUGAACUUGAAUGUUUUAUAGAAUCUAAUACAGGUAGUCAUUUACAUGAGUAGCCAUUAUGAAAAGAUACUGUAAUUUUGUGUUGAGAUUGGGAACUAAUGGAAAGCCUAAAACUGAUCCUGUAAAAAUGUCCACCUUGUGUGGCCUUGUUGCUUAAAUGACAAAGAAGGUAAAGAGAGGGGCCACAGAUGACAAGGAACUUAAGAAGGCUGGUGUUCUUUUGAUUCAAGGUUGUUUGAAUAGGAAGCUAUUGGCUGGAGCAGCAUUUUAAGCAGCACCUCUGACCUGUCUUCUCAUUCUGUCCAUCUCCAGGGUUGCCUUAGUUGGAGAGGACAGCACAUACUGCUGUAUGGUAUGUUGCUAGAAAAAGUCAGUAUUACAAAGUAGGAGCUUGACAAGUGUGUUCCAUUCUUGCUUGAUUAGAAGGCAGUGUUGUUAAGCAGAGUGCCAAAGUUGAAAACGAACCCAGUUUAUCUGGAACAGGAGGAAAAUGUCAUAGCUCUCAAACUCAUUUGGUAAAUUAAAUGACAAACAUCUUGGCUGUUUUGAACCAUUUUAUGUAUCGACUCUAACGCCUUAACUUAUAUUUGGUUUCAUACUAGACACCACAGUUACUGAGGCACCUCAGGUUAAUGCUCUUGGAUGCUGUUAUUUAAUUUUUUUUUUAUAAAUCUUCUCAUCUUGAGUCCCCUUAACAUUUGGCCAGCCUCAGAACCUCAGGAAAGGUUUUUUUUUUGUUAAUUUUUUUUUUUUUUUGGCCCCUCUCUCAGGGAGGUUUUAAUUCUGGCGUGACCAAGCUAAGUCUUGUCUGCUUUUCUAUAAUCACAAAGGUGCAUUGAUUGAUUACAUAGCUUACUAUCUAAAGAAAGUAAAAUUGGUAAUGUAAUUUGGGUGUUACUUGGUUAUGUAUAGAGUUACAUCAGAGCCAUGGAAGAGUACUCUUCACCUUGUCCUUUAUCCUUUCUUAGGGAAAUGGAUCAGAGAGGGCUAGACCGGUAAAAGCAAUACAAUAGAGCGAGAAGUUGGAUUGUGCGGUUUCUGCACCUUUCUAGUAUGCGUUAAACAGCCUAGGGAGUAGAGAACUUAACUUACCCCAGAGGAAUCUCAUCCUCACCAGGGUUGUGGUCAAUUCAGUUUACUUCAGAACGUGAAUACACAUUUUUGUUCUCCAUUGAAAUUUGGAUUCUCAACUUUUCUAGGUCAUGUCAGUGUAUAAUGAAUUUGGGUUUUAUGCUAUGGAAUCGACCCCGACCCUGCACUUGAAAAGAUUGAGCAGCUUCAGUAAACUACGCAGUGUCAUUGGACAAUGCGGACAGUGAAGAAAUGAGACUUCUGGCAAGUGAAAAUGAAAACAACAAAUUAGUCUGUAAAGGUUUUUAAAAAUGCCCUUUAAUAAAAACAAAAGUAAAACACUAAAUUGCUAAUAUUUUUGUUUGGUGUAGAGCGUUUAUUUUUCUAUUUUGUAAAAUUGGAUAUGUGCAUGGACUUUUAAUAAAACAGUGGUUUUACAGAUACCAAGUGUAGCUGAAAACUUAACCUCAAAUGGCCCCAUGACUCUGACUACAGGAAGUAUUUGUACUGCAGGUCUUUGAACAAUCAUAACUGGCCUGUCUGGAACUUUACAUUGCAUGACAUUCUUCAUAAAUGACAUUGGAUUUUAUAAAACUGUUUCAGGUAACCAUGGUUGUCAAUGUUGGCCAGUGUCCAGUUAGUGCCUAAUGCGGGCUUAAAAACCAUUGUUUACUUUAACUUAGGUUAAUGUUUAUUUUAACUUAGGUUGAUGCUUGAAAUAAGUCUAAUUGAAACCAUAGCAGUAACGGCUCCAUAAAUGACUAACAUUUCCUCAUUUUAUUAGGCUUUUGUAGCUUUAAAAUUGUGAAGGUUUUGAAUGAAGCGGUCUAUGAGGAAAAGCAUACAAAAAUGUAUUAAUUACCACAGUAACCAUUAACAUGCUUUUGUUUUCUAACUCUGAGCAUGAUCUCAAAAUGUACUUGUGUCUUGUCACUUUGAUGUAAUUGUUCUUGGGUGUUGUAUAAUUGAACAUGUGUUUUUUGUCUAGCGCAACUCUACAAUGUUUGUCCUUGAUGUGUUGUUUCUGUGUUCAUGUGUCAUGUCUGUUUUGUAUGAAUAAACUGUUAUCAGAUUUAUUCUGAAAA